AUGCAUCUCCCAAACGACCUCAUCAUCGGCCUGGACACCAUCGCCAUGACCACAAGUAAGAGCCUCACAGGAUUUCGCGACAUCCCCCCAGGUGCACACUUCCUCUGGCUCCAGCAGCCCAAUGGUAUUUCUCGCUGCGGCUACUGGUUUAUCACGGAGCGUCAUGGCACAGUGAGGGUCAAGAAGUGGAAUAGGUUCCAUGAGGUGCUGGCAGAGCCUACGGCGCAGGAGGUGCGUAACAUCGAGGCUAGCAUCGAGACAACGUAUUUCAGCCUGCAACCAUAUAAUAUCUACGAGCAGCAGAAGCAGCAAAAGAGUCCAAACACAGAAACGAUCUUUAAUCCGAGCUUAGUCCCACAAUGGGCACGAACCCAAACCCUGCUGUGGCACACUCUCACCUGGGCUAUUUCAACGCCCUUCCUCGAAUGCAUAACCGGCAAAAAGGGCGUCAAAGAGUACCUCGUCGAUUCAACAGACUGCGCGAAAGAGAUCAUCAAGGACUCAUCUCAUCAAGAACCCAUCUUUUCAGCCAGCAAGCCCCUUUUCAACAGCACCAGCAGCGAGUUCUCCUUUUCCUUCACCCAAGACUUUCGCGACCUGCAAUUUUUAGACGCUGCCGGAUUAGCAGACACGAAAGCCAGCGUAUCAGACACCACGCCACGUAUCCUAGCAGCGCUGAACAAUGGCAAAUCUACUACCCGGGACAUCCUCGCCGAGCUGCAGUUCACCUUCAUCACCGGCACGCAACUAAGCAACUCAGCUUGUCUAGACCAGUGGUGGAGUCUCGUCCUCAAGAUCCUACUUCGUGCACAUGCUCUUGCAGUCUCGCACCCCAUGCUUGCAAGGGACCUUAUCCUGACGCUGCAUGCGCAGUUGUACUUUACGGAGAAUUAUGUUGGCGAGGCGUCGCAAGCUAGGGAUUCACAGGACGGAAAGAACAAGGACGUGGGCGCGACAGAGCCCGGUAGUGGGAGACGAAACGGUCCCAAUGCCGACAGAUUGCUCUACCAGUACCGACCGGUCAACCGUCUGCGACUGCGUCACGCACUGGCGGAGUAUAAACGCCGGUUGAGAACACACGGAGUGAUUUUGGAGAGUAACUCUGACUCUGGCAUCAGCGCCACGAUCAUCCAACAACAAGAAGAGGAACGAGCAGCGCUAGCUCAUGCUUGGGAGGAGCUAGAAUCGUGGUUGUGGAGGUGUGGGUGGGAUUUGGGGAGGGUUGAGGGGGAGAGGGAUGCUGGGAGGAAGGAGAUGGAGGAGUUUGGUAGGGGAAAUGGGUUUGAUGGAAGUAAAGGGAAGGUUAUGAGGCAGUGGCCCGGGGAUAGUGAGGAUGAAGAUGAGGAUGGUAUGCCUGUUGUGGUGGAGCUGGAUGAGAAUGGGAGAGAGGUUGGGUUGGUUUCUUUUAGGGAUUGA